CCUCAUGAAAUUCAUGACUGAGAGCACCUCGCCUCCUCCCUUCAUGUCUCUCUCUCUCUCUCUUUCUUCUGUUCAUCACCCCGUUUCAAAAUUGCGAUGGAGAGCGGGAGCGCCACCAAGCGGCGGGGCUGGUUGCUGAAGAAGGCCCGUGAGCUCGCCCUUCGCCACGAUGAUCAGGUCGGACUCAUCAUCUUUUCCAGCAGCAGGCAGAUGUUCAAGUACUGCAGUCCCAACUCCAGCAUGCUCCAGAUUAUUGAUAGAUUCAAGAAAGCAUCAGGCACUCAAAUUCAGGAAGAGGAUGAUAAACAGCAGAUAUACCGUGAGAUGACGAAAAUGAAGAAUGAGAAUAACAAGCUGCGAGCAACCAUGCGACAGUUAACUGGGGAGGAUCUCACCACUCUCACCAAAAACCGAUCUGAGUUUCUCUAG